AAUAAUAAUAAUAAUAAUAACGCUGUUAUUGUUAUCACACACACCUUUCAUUUCAAAAUCUCUGUUCUUCCUCUUCACGAGGUUACUUCACUUCUAGUUCCACUCUACUAGCGCCUCUUUACACCAUUUACUCUCUCCUUUUAAACUCUUCUAUCUCUUCUUUAUUUGUUAUUCUUUCUUUCAUUGCAUGAUACAGUACUACUACAAUGUAUACUUCAUCAUCAACAAGAAGACCUAAAUGGCACCACCAUCCUCCUCCUCCUCCAACGCCGAGAAUCCUUCACUUCCCUCGCCGUCCUCGCCGGAGAGUCCCUUCUUCCUCCUCCUCCUCCUCCGCAGCCCGGAAUGACCUCAAAGCCAACAAUAGUAACAUGCUGGGGUCUUUGUUUGAUAGAGAGAAACGUGCACCUCCUGCCGAAGCUCAUGUUCCUGUAGUACUGUUGGAGGAAGAGAGGAGGAGGGAGAGAGUUGUUACUGAGAGUGGCGAUGGGUUGGAGGAAGAGAAGUGGAAGUUUCAAGCGGAGAUGUUGAGAGCGGAGUGUAAUUUGUUGAGGAUGGAGAAGGAAAUUGCUGUUAAGAAGCUCGAGAGAACUCGUUCGAAAAUGGAACGGACUUUAAGAUCUGUUGUUCAUACCCUUGUUUCUGGGAGAAUAGAGAUUUGUGAAGGAAAGAGUAUUGACAUGGUUUUGGAUGAGGAGAUUCGUGAGUUGACAAAGAAACUUCAGAAGCUGCAAAGGAGAUCAACAAUGAAGGAUUUUGAGGGAAGGAAGAGUAGUAGAAAUUUUGAUAAACAAGUUACUGUUCUGCAGAGACGGCUCCAGAAGAUCGGAGGACCGUCGGAUGGAGUAUAUUUAAGGGAGUUUGAAGAGAUGGAAAAUGUUAGCUUGAAUGUUAGAAGAAAUGGAAGAUUUGAUGAUAGUGUUGUGGCAAGUGGAAAAUUGAAUGUGGAGAUUCUACGAAGGAAAAUGGAGGGAUUGUCAAAGGGGGUAUUAUUAGAGAGAAUGGAGGAAGAGUACAAUUCACUGCUGUUGUCCACUGCUAGUAGCUCUCUUACUAGUUCUGGUUCAACUUCCAAGAGAGUUGAGUUUCAACUACCUCAUCAGGAAAAAUUGUCAUGUGAAGGGAACCUAUGCUCAGGACAUUGCAAGACUAUUGUAAGAAAAAUAGUGGAGCAAGUUAGAGUUGAGACAGAGCAAUGGUCACAAAUGCAGGAGAUGCUUGGUCAGGUGAGGGAAGAAAUGGAAGAACUGCAGGCUUCACGAGACUUCUGGGAAGAUCGCGCCCUGCAUUCGGAUUCUCAAAUCCAAUCUCUACACAAUGCUGUGCAAGACUGGAAACAAAGAGCUCUUUCUUCCGAAAGCAAGAAAAACGAGCUUGAGGAGAAACUUUCCAUGCUCUACGGUGAUCUCGAAAGGUUUAGGAGCGAACAGAAUGCAGUUAAGGAGACUAAAUGUUCGUCGACUCCCUUGGAUACGCAGAACGAGUUUGAGAAGCGAAUAGUAGUUUGCAGCACAAAGGAAAACAGUAGUAGUGUUGCUGAAAACAGAAAACAUAGGGAGGUUUUAAGGAAUGGAGAAAGAAAAACACAUGCUGCUAGUGCUAGAGGUGGUUUACUAGCUCCAAAGCGAUCUCCGUUUCGAGACAUUGGGAACAACUCAUCGUUGUUGACGAGGCAUCAGAAUGGCAAAGCAGUUUUCCCUUUGCAUUGUCAUCUUUCUUCAAACACUGAGAAAACUUACCGCUCGAAGGAAAACUGAUCAGUUCUAACAUAAAAUUACCUGCCAUAACAUAAUCAGGCGAAGAAGGCGCACAAUGAAUUUGGUGUUUCUUGUUUUAAAAUCGAUGGUUCGGGAACUAUCGUGUAAUAUGUACUAUGCUUAGGAUGUGUAUCGAUAAAUAACUCAAUUAAGAGAUUAUUGUCGAGUUGUUAUGAGGAAGUUUUUGUUUUUACGAGUCGUCUAGAGCGACAUACGAAAAUAAACUGAAAACAACUUAUGAACUUAUUAUCAUAAAUGAUUUUAAUAAA